AUGGCGACAGGUCUAUCGCAAGCCACACGUGACGAAGCUGCCAUGCUUUCAGAGACCUUUCCUUUGUGCGACCUUCCGCAAGAGCUUCGUGAUAAGAUAUACGAGUACUCUUUCGAGCCCAAAGCAAUCUUCCGCCAUGUCCCAUUCGAGACUAAACUAGAGGGCUACGAGCGACCUACAGUGGAUUUGCCACCCAAUGAGAAAGACGAAAAGAUCGGAAUACUAGUCUUCAAAAUCCUGAUCGCAACGCCUUUGCUCGCUGUAUCCAAACUCACAAACCAGGAAGUGAAAAGAGUCAUUGAAAUCGAGAAGAAAACCUGGGUCCGGACCAUCCGAGAGUCUAUCCAUCAUCUACACCGCAUCAAAUCCCCUAGCUCGGCCUUCCUCGAUCUCUGGUCCCGCAGUGAACUAGUCCUCGGUCAUUACCCCAGUGAAUCUCUCUUCUUCUUGGGGUAUCUUCCAGAUUCGCUCAAGGAGUCACUUCGUCGGCUCAGCCUCACCUUGUCUGUUACACUUACCGAUCCCGGCUCGCUUACUUCCACAAUAUGGCAGCCGAAUAAUCGUGAAGAGGGUGCCAUGUUUACCAAUGAUAUACGGGAUGACUUCCCGAACGUACGUGAGAUGGCGAUCGAGAUAAUGCCGACUGACCACGAGUCGUGGCGUGUCAGCAGCAGGACUCCCCCCUCGGAAUAUGUACUCGAUAUGGUUUGGGAGGGCCGCUUGGAUACUGUGUGGUUCUAUUACGGAGGUGACCAUCACAAGAGAGCUGAAGGCUUCGACAUGUGA